GUUCUCAUAAAGACGAGACAUACAGCAGCUCAUAUCAGCAGUUUCAGGAGGGUUACAACACCAACAACACAUGAGGACGAUGGAUAAAGUGAAAGAAAACACAAUAUUCUUUCUGCUUUUGGCAGCUGUUUGCAGUACUGUGUUCGGUGAUGGUGAGUGGGGGGCCAGUAUUCCCAGCAGCCUUGACGCCCUGGUUUCCUCCUGCAUUGUGAUUCCCUGUACAUUCACCCAUCCUGCAGGACACCUCCCACACUCCAGACUCAGAGGCAUCUGGCAUCUUUCUGACAAACGAAAUGAAAUCAUCUAUCAUGAAGAUAAAACCAAGAUCUUGGAGAGCUUUAAGGAUCGAACAGACCUGAAGGGAAAUCUGGGUGAAAACAACUGCACGUUGGAAAUAACUCCAAUUAAAGAUCAUGACAACGGCCCUUUCUGCUUUCGGCUUGAAUAUGUGCGGACAGAUAGGAACGAACCCACUCCUGAGAAGUUCUCCUUUGCUGACCAAUGUGUUGAAUUUAAAAUGCUCUAUACAUCUCCAGAACCUCAACUUACUCAGUUGAAGUCUGCCGUUCAGGGAAAACCUUACACGGUCACCUGCUCAGUCCACCAUACAUGUCCCUUACAUCCUCCUACACUCUCAUGGACGCUGGGAACUGCAGAUGAGAUAGCUGUGAAACAUGAAUCUCAAAAUCUUGGCCGAUGGAAGACAGAGUCUAUUCUCACGUUCAUUCCUGUUGAGAAGGACGAUUACACUGAACUCACCUGCACAGCUACGUUCAACGGAGGGGCGAUAUCUUCUAAAAGCCUCACCCUAUAUGUCAAACGCACAGAAAACUAUAAUCACAUCAUCAUUCCAGUUGCAGCAGUAGUUGGUACCGCCAUUGUUUUUGGACUCUUCUGCAUCUUGAUGGUGAAAAAAUACAAGACGCGUAUUUCUGAGCUUCAAAGACAGGAUGGCAGCAUGUGGAACCGGAUGUCCAGAUUGUCUCGCAGUCUUAAUAAUGUCAAUUCCAAAACCUCCAAGCCUCGUUUCCCAUCCCCUAAAAGUCAUCCAAAAUCCUACAAUUAUGAACAGGACCUUGGUGAUGGUGAUGACUACAUUAACACGGCAGACCUCAAUGUCUAUGGAAACAUCUAAAAAAGGACAUCUUUCCAGUAUGAAAACUUUAUAAAAGCAAAAACAUUUAUAUUAUUCACGCUCGCAAUUAUUCCUUGUAAUCAGAUGACUUUGCUAUGGCUCAGUGUGGCUCCACUAACAAAUCAGUGGGUGAAAACAAUGCCAGCUCACCUAUUAUGGAUCAUAUUAACGCUCAUAAUCAUGACCCCUGUACAGUGUUUUUAUAUCUACUCUGGUAUCUCAUACAAUAUGUAAAAUGAUAUUGAAUAAAAUCAUGUAUACUGUGUAUUGUGGCUGGGAACAAUAAAUAAAUGA